AAGACAGAAAACAUUUAUCCAGGCAGAAAGCGAGGAGAGCGAUGGGAACGGACUGUCCGGUGAAGCAUUUACGUGCAGUAGAAGACCAAAAGCGAGGUCUUUAAGUCGGUGAAAAAAAAAGAAAGAAAAAAAAAACGCAACACCUUCGGCGUCUUGGAAGAAAGUGCCGUUGUGUCAACCAUCGUUUGGCUCCCGGGCACGCUUUGUACAGAGCAACUUGGACAGCUGCGUGUUUUCAAGCAAGCCAUCAACAAAGAAUGAAAGCAUUCAAACGAGCCCUGGAAGAGGAGCAUCGCCCGGAGCAGGAGCACUCCUCGGCUGUGUCGGACAGUGAUGACGGCUCUCCACUCGACCUGUCGGGAAGAGGGCUCUUUGGGAAGCGCCGUCGCCGCGGCAACCUGCCCAAGGAGGCGGUGCAGAUUCUGCGGAGCUGGCUGUACGAGCACCGCUUCAACGCCUACCCAUCAGAGCAGGAGAAACUCAGUCUGUCGGGCCAGACCAACCUCUCUGUGCUGCAGAUAUGUAACUGGUUCAUCAACGCACGCCGCCGCCUCCUCCCUGACCUGCUUCGCAAGGAUGGAAAAGACCCCACAAAGUUCACCAUCUCCCGCAAGGUUGGUGGUAAAAGUGAAGGCCACUCAUCCAACGGAGGUGGAGCCAGCUCUCCGGAAAGAAACUCUUCCCCCGGAUCAUCUCAACAGCGUCCAUCUGUCAUCCGCUCUGCCCCCACAUUGGACCUCAGUCUUCUUGGGAACACAGCAACAGCUAUUCUAACAGGAGCGGGCUACCCGGGUAAAGAAGGAUCGGUCCAGGCGCUGAUGAAGCUGGAUACGCAAAGUUUGCUGAGGGAAGCAGAGGAGCAAGGGGCUAACACAGCCUGUCUCACCAGCACAACAAUGGCAGCUAGUCCCACCAGCGGCCUCUUCAACACGCCUCCCCCAACUCCUCCUGAGCUGUUCCCCACCCAGGACUUCAGCGAUUUGAGGCUCCUGGUCGAUGCAGCUCUGCAGAGAGCAGCAGAGCAAGAGAACAUGAAGAGACUCCAGGAGAGCCAGAACAAGCCAGCUGAGUCUGCAAAGACUGAACAAGUGGAGGCACAGGGCAGUCCUUACAGCAGUGACAUGGGCCCCACACCACCUCCAGAAGACAGCCAACAAGUCAUGGAUGCCUCCAGGGUGCAGAGUCUGAUGGAGAAGGCUAUGGCAGUUCCAGCGUCAGCUGUAGCUUCAGUGAAGGCUCCAGUGCCUCAGUCCUCAGCAGGCUCUGUGCUAGUUUCAGCUCCUGUUUUGGUCUCUGCCUCGAGGCUGUCUCCUCUCCCGAUGAAUAAAGUUAUCUGGAGCCCCUUGGAGAAGGACACGGCCAGAGCCUCGAGCCCAAGCCAGCCUCAGCUCAUAGCAGCCCAUCUACCAACCUUAGUGCCACUGUCGACUUCGGCCUUUGAACAGUCCAUUUCUCAGAAACCGGCUCCUGCUCCAGCUGUCGCCUCAUCUUCUUCGUCUCCAACCUCAAGCUCAACUCCAGCUCCACUGCCCACUGCAUGUCUCAUAAGUGCUACAGCACCAGCUACAAGGCCGGUCUCUGUGCCAUCACCAGUCCUUGUCCCAGACACAAGCUCUGCCUCCGUCACUGCUACCAGCCAGACUUCAACCCCAACUGUAGCGCUUGCUCCAGCUGCUCCUUCUUCAACCAUCACCUCUCUCGCAUCCCAAAAAGGAGUCCCACUUUACCUGCCAUUCCACAAAUCCCCUUUAAUCCCCGUCACGGUUCCAUGCCCAUCUCCUGUUUCCACCUCAGCAUCGUCUCUGGCUCCUGUUGCCUCUCCAGAGUCUGCCCCUGCCCAAGUUUCAGUUCCUGUCCCGGCUUCAGCCCCAACGUCCUCCUCAACUCCAACAGUCACACCUCUUGCAGGCCUCGCCUCCCACCUCACUCCUCUUUCUCAGCCCUCUACCACAAGCAGCAGCAGCAGCAGCAGCAGCAGCAGCAGCAGC